UAGAAAAUGAGUUUAUGUUUUUGCUGACAGUAUACAGAUGGCCAGAAAACAGCACUUCUGCAAAUGGAAACAUCACCAAUCCCACCCUCUUCCUAUCUCUGGCAAACAGAGAUGAAGGUCCUUUGUGGAAAAUAGAGACAUAUCUACCACCCCCCCGCUAACAGGCUUUGGCCUUGAGAUGCUCAGUUUCUCCAGGGUCUGGCCCCUGCACACAACCCUUGCGUCAGAGAAGUGUCACAAGUCUUCAGCUGCAACGUUGAACCUGGGAGGAAAGAAACAGCUCCCCAAGUCCCUUGGGGCUGGGAGCCUCAGCUGUGUGAGCCAGUUUUGUUUGAAGUUGUGGCUAAUCUUUAUCAACUGUUAUCUAACUAGAAGCAAAUAAACGCCCUCACUGUGCCUUUCUCGUUAAGCUGUUGGUCCUCAGGAGGUAUUUCUCCCCUCAGUCAGCAGAUUGACCUGCCUUUAAUAGCAGAAGCAGCGAUUGAUGUGUUAGCGAAGAAUUCUUUCCGGCCCCUUGAGGCACUUCAGCUCAGGAGGCGGCCUAGAGGAGGAUGCUGGGAGUUGUGGUCCCCGCGGUGCCCUCGGCUAUGAGGAAGCGCACUCUCGCUGAGGCGUUUUGUCCCUCGUGCCGCCCCGUCUCUCCGCCCGGCGCCGCUCGCCCCAACGCAUUCCAGCGUGGGUUCCGAGGCGGGAGGAGGGGUCCUUCAGUUGGGGCUGCCCACGUCGGAGCCUGAAUAGAAUCAUGGCCUCCUCGCCUCCUCUCGCGCUUCCGCCCCACAAAAGCAGCCAGGCGCUUCCUCUCACACCCUCGUCUCCUUCGCGCAGUGCGGUCUGAUGCUGCGGGUUUCCCCCCAUCCGCUCCCCGCCGCAGGAUGGAGUUCGAGCUGCUGGAGAGCGACGUGCUGGAGUCGCUGGAGGACCUGGGCUACAAAGGUCCAUUGUUAGAUGACGGAGCACUGGCUCAGGCAGUCUCUCGUGGAGCCAGUUCCCCUGAGUUCACCAAACUCUGUGCUUGGUUGGUAUCUGAGUUACGGCUGUUCUGUAAACUAGAGGAAAAUGUGCAAGCAACUAACAGUCCAAAUGAAGCUGAAGAAUUUCAACUCGAAGUGAGUGGGUUGCUGGCUGAAAUGAACUGUCCAUACACAUCGUUAACAACAGGAGAUGUGACAAAACGCCUUCUUAACCAAAAGAACUGUCUCUUGCUGCUUACAUACCUCAUCUCAGAACUGGAAGCUGCCAGAAUGCUGUGUGUGAACGCCCCUCCUAAAAAAGCACAGGAAGGAGGUGGCAGUGAAGUCUUUCAGGAGCUAAAAGGCAUAUGUAUUGCUUUAGGCAUGUCCAAGCCUCCAGCCAACAUAACGAUGUUCCAGUUCUUCAGUGGAAUUGAAAAAAAACUGAAAGAAACCCUAGCAAAGGUUCCACCUAAUCAUGUUGGAAAACCUCUCUUGAAGAAGCAGCUGGGACCAGCUCACUGGGAAAAAAUUGAAGCAAUUAAUCAAGCCAUAGUCAACGAAUAUGAAGUCCGAAGAAAACUGUUAGUCAAACGUUUGGAUGUUACCGUGCAGUCCUUUGGCUGGUCGGAUAGAGCUAAGAGUCAGACAGAAAAGCUGGCUAAAGUCUACCAGCCAAAACGUGCCCUCUUAUCCACUAAGUGCACUAUUUCUGUUGCAAAUCUCUUGGCAGCUCGGCAAGAUCUGUCAAAAAUUAUGAGAACAAGCAGCGGAUCCAUCCGAGAGAAGACUGCGUGUGCCAUUAAUAAGGUGCUAAUGGGUAGAGUGCCUGACAGAGGAGGAAGGCCCAAUGAAAUUGAACCGCCGCCUCCUGAGAUGCCACCCUGGCAGAAAAGACCAGAGUCUGGUCCACAACAGAGUGGUGGCCGAGGAGGAAGAGGUGGCUAUGAAUCCUCAUAUGGAGGGCGAGGAGGUUAUGACCAUGGGGGUCAUAGCCAUGGUGGUCAUGACCGAGGAGGAAGAGGAGGCUAUGAUUCAUCAUAUGGAGGACGAGGCCAUGAUCGAGGAGGCCAUGAUCACGGAGGCCAUGAUCGAGGAGGGCGAGGAGGACGUGGUGGCUAUGAUCAUGGUGGCAGAGGAGGCGGAAGAGGAAACAAACUCCAAGGAGGGUGGACAGAUGGUGGAGGUGGUGGCAACCAGGAUGCCAACUACAGGGAUAGCAACUACAGAGAUGUAGGUUUUCAAACGGGUGGCUACCAUGGUGGUGGUGGCAGCGGCGGCUACCAAGGAGGAGGCUAUGGUGGCUACCAGUCAUCUUCGUACACAGGAAGUGGCUACCAAGGGGGUGGUGGCUACCAGCAAGACAGCAGAUACCAAGAUGGUGGGUCCCACAGUGACCGAGGGAGUGGGCGUGGAGGAGGGAGGGGUGGCCGCGGUGGUCGUGGUGGCCGUGGAGGUCAAGGAGGAGGCUGGGGAGGCAGAGGUGGGCAGAUUUUGAAUCCAGGUGGGCAAUUUGAGCAACACUUCCAGCACGGAGGCUAUCAGUAUAAUCAGUCUGGUUUUGGACAAGGAAGACACUUCACAAGCUGAGGUUGCUAAAAACCUUUGCUUCAGCAGAGCUCAAAUAAUAAAAACCUGGUUUCAGAGUCUUGGUUUAAUCACUUUUGAAUUGGUACAGGUUUGUACAUGUGAGGCAGAAUCCCUUGGGGUGGGAUGUUUUGUACUGAACUAAGUACAGCUUUCUGUACUUUCCUUUCCCCCCAGUCUGUCGGAAUUGAAUGCGAAAUAACUACUCACUGCACUUCACUUAAUCAUAAAUUAAUGGUCGUGCUUUUUUGAUGUUGGGCUGACAUCUGCUCAAAACACAUUGAUUCCAAAACUACCUGCUGUGUUUUGCUUGACACUUUGAUUGGAGAAAUAUAAAGACUAGUCUAGUCAAAAUUAUAUGUUGCAAUAUACAAUGGAAUUUCUGCAUCUCCUAGCCAUUGUUCAAUUAUAUGACCUAAAAUCAUUGCUAAAUAUUGCUUCUGGAUUGCUGUCCUGUUGUUUUAAUCAAAGUUACACACACAUGCAGGCCCACACAGCAACUUCACUCUAACAGGUUUAUUAUCUAUUAUAUGAGCUCUGCUGUCGAUGUCACGUUUGGUAGCCUUAUCUUCUAUUAAACAAAUUUUUUCCCACCUGCUCAAGUCUGAAGACUUACCGCCGCCAAAAUCUGCAAAGAUUAUUUAAAACUAAGCUAAAUUGUGAACUGGUAGUGUACAUAGGCCUGUAGUUAGGUGUAGCAAUUCAAACUGACCUGCAUCCAUCCAAAACAAGUUGCUCCUCCUUCAAACUUAAUUUUUACUUGAAAUCAGCUAGAAAAAAAGAAAAAAAAGACAAAUUAUUUUAUUUGCAAGUUAAUACCACUGGCUCAGCAGAUCUAGGGCAAUUUGUUUUGGGGGUUGUCUUUUUAAAGAAAUGCACUACGGCCUGGGAAGUUUAGUUCCUGCCUGGAGGAAGCCCUUUUAUUAUUGCUGCAGAAAACAAAGCCUGGCUGAGUUUGAUGUUCUAUGCGUUGGUUUUUUUUGUGUUUUUUUUUUUCCUUUACUGAAAGCCACAUAAUGCUUCUUGCUGGGUUUUUUGUGUACAUAAACAUUGUCAAGCUGUGAAAGAAAAUGGCUGAAGGUUUGCUAUUGUAUAAAAGGUGAGCAAUAAAAGUAUCUGUAUGUUC